AUGAUCCUCACAUUAUUUCCUACAAUGAACAUAAAAAAUAAAUUAUUUCUAAUUUGUAUAUAUUUCUUUAUAUUGCGAAGUGCAUAUGCUGAAAAUUUAAAUGAUGUAGAGAAUAAAUUUUCUGGAAAGAUAACAAAUAGGAGUAAAAGAAAUAAUACGGAAACAAAUAAAUCCUUUUAUGUAAAUAAAAAAUCAAAUGAAAAUUCCAAUUCAAAGGGAAACUCAACUAAUACAUUGAAAUUAAAUGAGGCAAUUAUAAACAAAUUUAAUAAAAGAAAAAAUGGAGACCAAGAUACUACAGAAAGAAAACAAAUAAUUCGUAAAAAAGAUUUAUCACGUCAAAAAAAGGGUCAGACAAAUACCAGUUUUAUUAUAAAAAGUAACGACGAUACCAAAAUAAAUUCUAAAAAGGAAACAAGUUUUAAUCAAAAUAAUUUUCGUAAUAAGCCUCAAACUGAUAAUAAUGUAAAAAACACAUUAGAGCGUGAUGAUACAGAUAUUAAUGUGAUUAAUAUAGAAAAUAAUGAUGGUAAAAAGUUAUACGAUAAUAAUAAUGAUAUAAAUAAUAUCGAAUAUAUCAGUAGUGAAAAUUUGGAUUAUUCAAGUGAAGACACAUCAGAUGGUCUGCUAAAUAUGGAUGAUUUGUACAAAUAUGCCGAUGAAGAUUUAAUAAGUGAUGAUAUUACAGAGGAAGAAACCAUUGAUAAUUUGUUUGAAGACAGUAUGCCAUUAUAUAAUAAUUUUGAUAAAAUAUACGAUAAACAUGUGGAUUUUUCUCUAACUAAAGAUGCUAAAAAAAUAGAUAUAGAUGUUUUUAAUUCACAUAAAAAUGAUGCUCACUUAAAAGAAAGUAUAAAAAAUAGGAUUACUAAAAAUAAAAAUAUCAAUGAUAAAACGAUUAGUUCUAAAAAUACGAACAUUAAGAAAAAAACAACUUCGAAUGCCAUAAGUGAUAAUCAGAUAAUUUCUAAGCCAAAUAAAACGAUAAAAAAAAAUAUCCCAGAAAGCAGAAUGACUCCUCUUAAUGGAUUAAACAAUGGUAGUACGCAUUCUAUUGGAAAUAAAAAGAGUAAUGUGUCUAAAUAUCGUGGUAAUCAACCCCUUAAUAAGGAAAGAAAAGAAAAUAAUAAUACUAACCAUAAAAAUAAAAUUGAUGGACUACAUAAUAAGGGAAAUGAUAGAAUAGUUAGACAAAAUGAUACCAAUAAUAUUACAAUUAAAGAAGAUUUUAGUAAAAUAAACACAACAAAAAACGAUAAAAAUAGCAUAUCUAAUAUAGAUGGCUCAAAAAAAAUUGAUAAAAUUGUAAAAGAUGAAACAAAAUCAAUAGGAGAAAUCAUAAACAUAAACAUUGCAUUUAAUCCGAUGACUCAAAAUAAAAAUAGAAAGUUGGGAAAAAAUGAGAAAAAAAAACAUACUGAUAUUCGAAACAUAAGUAGAAAAGGAAAGGCGUCACGAACAAAUAAUAAUAGUGCUAAACAUGUUACCAAAAAUAAUAAUUUGAGUGUAAACUCAUUUGAUGAUAAAGUUGAAACAGAUAAGUAUCAACAUAAAAAUUUAGAAAACAAAAACCAUAUACAAAAAAAUGUAAUGCACAAUAAAAAGGGAAAGCAUAUGAUUAACCCUUUACCAGAUGAAACUGCAAAUGAUAUUAAUAAAAAUAAGCAUGAUAUAUCGAUCUCUAUUGAGGUUCCAAAAGAAAUGGGUAAAAUAAAAAUCCCAAGUAAAAUUGUGGAACAAAUUAAAAAAGGAAAUAAUAUGAAUAAGGAAAGUUUUAUAUAUAUAAAUUCACAAAGUGACAAUGGAAAUGAUAAUAAUGGAGAAAAUAUUGAAACAGAGAAUAAUGAUACAAAUUAUGAUGAAGAAAAAAAUCAAAAUGAUGGAACAAAGUAUGGUACGAAUGAGUCAUUCAUUCCGAAGAAUAUGGAAGUGACCAAUCUAAAUACAGAAAAUAAACUAGUAAUUGAAAAAGAAAAAGAAGAUAAAAAUUUGGAGCGCUAUGGUCAUGAGGAUAAUGCAGAAAAUGUAGAAUAUGGUGAACAUCCUUUAAUUACAAAAAAAAAAAAUAUAAUAAAAAAUUCUCGUAAAAUAUAUAAUUUAAAAUUAUAUAAUUGUUCCUAUAUAGACGAUUGGGAUUUAAAUAAUGAAUAUAUUGAUGAAGAAGGAAAGUUAGUUAAAUUAAGUGGGUAUGUUUUUCAAAAUGUUGUAAAUUCAGAUUCUAUGCCUACUGCAAAUAUAACAGAUUGGAAAUUAAAAGGUUCUUGUGACCAUGAUAAAUAUAUAUGUGGUGCUUUAAAAUAUAUGAAUAAUAUAUAUAAUAAAGGAGAAAGAGUUAUAUUCGAUGGAAAGAUAUAUGAAGCGACUAGUGAUGCAUAUGGCAAUCCUAAGGAAUUGGCAAAUGCAUGGAUUGACAAAACAAGUGAUUGUUACAAUUUUUGA